GUCCAAUGACGGUGCUAUCCUGAAUAUUGCCGGGCCCAACGGAAUUUGCUCAGUUCGACUUUUUUGAUGGGUGACGAUGAGGCAAAACCAAAUGCACUUGCUGCUGACCGUCUGUAAGCAGCAGACGCCCGUCUCCAACGGACUUAGCACUGGAUGACCUGAAUCAUGGGUGUGCCUCGGUCCAGCCAUGCCCCUGGUGCCACGAUGUGGCUCCCGCCUCAUCCACAUUGCCUGGAAGCCUGCAAGCCGGUUGACGGUCGUUCUCAGCAGAUCUUCGGAGACAAUUUGGCCCCACCACAUGGCAAAACGACGCAGAGAGAAUCAGCACCACUUUUCUGCUGAAUUUCUAAGCAGUUCCCUGGGUUACCCCGACCUGGGUGGGAGGAUGUAAAUAUAAAUGCCAGCGAGGACCCGCGGGGAAUCAAAAGUCCAGACAAUCAGACAAUCGUCAUCUCACACAUCUCAUCACACCAUUCGCAAUGGCUUCCACCGAUUACAAGUUUGAGGGCUGGAUGGCUCUCGAGCCCAAGGCCGCCGAGGGCAACAUGGUCUGGCAGGAGUUCGAGCCCAAGCCCUGGGAGGAGACCGAUAUCGACAUCAAGAUCACCCACUGCGGUAUCUGCGGCUCUGACAUGCACACCUUGAGAAGCGGCUGGGGUCCCACCAACUACCCUUGCUGUGUCGGUCACGAGAUCGUCGGUGUUGCCGUCCGCGUUGGCUCCAAGGUCGAGGGCGGAAUCAAGGUCGGAGACCGUGUCGGUGUUGGUGCUCAGAGCGAGUCCUGCAUGGGCCGCAACGGCGACUGUGAGGCUUGUGCCUCUGGUCUCGAGCAGUACUGCCCCAAGUCCAUGGUCGGCACGUACAACGGCGUGUACGCCAACGGCGGCAAGUCGUAUGGUGGAUAUGCCACCUACAACCGGGUUCCUUCCCGGUUCGCUGUCAAGAUCCCCGACGCCAUCCCCUCCGCCGUCGCUGCUCCCAUGCUUUGCGGUGGUAUCACCACUUACUCCCCCCUGAAGCACUUCGGCUGCGGUCCCGGCAAGCGCGUCGGUAUCAUCGGUGUCGGUGGUCUCGGCCACUUCGGUAUCAUGUUCGCCAAGGCCCUCGGUGCUGACAAGGUCGUCGCUAUCUCCCGCAAGGGCAACAAGAGAGAGGAUGCUCUGAAGCUCGGAGCCGAUGCCUACAUCGCUACCGACGAGGACUCCGAGUGGGCCCAGAAGAACUCCCGCUCUCUCGACUUGAUCAUCUCCACCGUUUCUUCCUCCAAGAUGCCCAUCACCGACUACGUCCAGCUGCUCGACCGCGACGGUGCUUUCGUUCAGCUCGGUGUCCCCGAGGAUGGUUCCCUCUCUAUCCCCGCCCCUGCUCUGAUCUUCAAGCGCGUCAAGUUCAGCGGCUCCCUCAUCGGCUCUCCUAGCGAGAUCGGCGAGAUGCUCCAGUUGGCCGCAGAGAAGAACGUCCGCACUUGGGUCGAGGAGCGUCCCAUGAAGGAUGCCAACACUGCCAUCGUCGAUAUGGAUGCUGGCAAGGCCAGAUUCCGUUACGUUCUCUGCAACGAGCAGUAG